AUGUCCAAGAAGGAUGUGGCAUGUUUCUGGAUUGUACUGCUCCUGUGCCAAGAGCUACGGACCGAUCUGAUCGCAGAGAUGGGACCAUCCUCCGGCAUCCCGAUUCAGGAGACACCAAGGUUCAUCUUGACAGAAGAGGAUCCUGACCCAACGUGUGUUCGUCAGUUUGGACCCCAAGAUUUCUAUCGAGAAGGUGUACAACAUUUCAUCUAUGCAGCUUCCUGAAAUACAAACCUGGUACCAGAUGCACCUCCAAAGAGCACAGGACUGUAUUUGAAACAUCUUGGAGCAAGCCCGGAAACCUUUUGUAUCUCUAUUUCAGUGAGCAACCGAUCCAAAAGGCUGUUGGUUUGUGCCACCGUCGGUGCAGUUGUCGCAACUGGAAUGUCUGCAGCCAACUCUAUUACUGUCCAAAAACUGGAUAUGGAAAUGUUUGCGCUAAAGCAGCACAUUAAUGAUAUUCAUCAGGUGAUAAAACUGCAAAGAACACUUCUCCAGGACGUGUUAACUAUUGUGGAAGAUACAGUUGUUACAACAAAUCUGCAUUUGUAG